CCGCGCGCGCCGACGGGGAGCGCUUUGCGCCCUGCACCGGGGCGGCCGGAUAAGAUGGCGGCGGCGGCGGCGGCCGGGCGAUGCCUGUGGCGAGUGCUGGCGCCGCGUCGCGGGGCGGCCGCCCCCGGACUCCGGCCGUGCCUCCCGCCGCCCGGCAGACCCUACGCUGCUGCUGCCACCGCCGCCAAAGCGGCGAAGAAAAGUUCACAGAAGACUAAGCAGGAAGAAACAAAAAAGAAAAAGAGACUCAUUAGACAGCCACUGAUGAGUAAGCCAGUAGAUGAUGUAUACCUAACAUGGUGUUACGAGCGGCCAUCCUAUGAUGCAGAAGUGGCUGUAGGUAUGCUAAAGAAAUUUCAGGAACUGGACUUCACUUACCCAAGGCAGUAUGUGUAUGUUAACAUAACUCUGGAUAUGGCAUUACAGAAGAAGAAAAAAGUGGAUCCAUUUGCAAGCGUUGUUCUUCUUCCAUAUCGUUUUACAGAUGACAUGAAUAAAGUCUUGGUUUUCACAGAGAACAAGGAAGAAGCUGAAAUAGCCCAACAGAAUGGAGCUUCCAUUGUGGGAGGAGUUGAAUUAAUCAAAUGGAUUUUGGAAGAUGAAAUAAAAAUGGACUUCUACGUAGCUGUCCCUGAAAUAAUGCCUAAAUUAAUACCACUGAAGAGCAAACUAAGAAGAAAAUACCCGAGUGCAAGAAGAAAUUCUAUGGGUCGUGAUAUUCCCAAAAUGCUGCAGCUCUUUAAAGAAGGCCUUGAGUAUGCAGUGGAAGAUGAGCAUCUAAUCAAAACAAGAAUAGCAAGACUGGAUAUGCCUACUGAGCAGAUAGUUGCCAAUCUAAAUGCAAUUAUCCAGGACAUCUGCACAUUCAAGCCAUCAAGCUAUGGUCCUUUUGUGCAAAAGCUGGUUAUUCGAUCUUCAACCAGUGAAGGUUUGCUUCUGAACCUUGAUGGACUUCUUCCUCAGGUAGAGAAAGAAGAAGAAAAAGACGAAGAAGAGAAAAACCCAGAAGAUGAAUAACAUGUCCAAAAACUUGUUAGUAUGUAAUGUUUUCCCUUGCCGAUUAUUAUCAGGCAUGGGAAAGCAAGUGAUGUAAUGCAAAUCUUACCCUGUGAAAAGAAAAAAUAAAUCAAAUUGAUUUUUUUUUAAAAAAAAAUCCAUGUAACAAGAAACAAUGUCGCCAAUGGGAGUAUCAUGUCAAACCUGAAGAUACUUAACACUUCCUCUGGAAGCUAAAAGCUCCCCACUUUGUGGGGGAUUUUCUUUGCAUGUAAUGUAGUUUAUACUCAAUAAGUAGUAUUGUAAAUUCUUAAUUAUUCUCAUCCAAUUCCCAUAGAUGCAGAUGAAAAGCUAGCAGCUGUUAUAGAUAUAAUUUUGGGCUUUCUGCUCUGAAAUAGCAGAAUGUUCGGUGUGUCUGUCUACUUGACUCAGUCUGCAGCAAGAACUAAUGUAGUCUCUUGUGGCAAACUGUCUAAAAAAACUCUUGAACAGAACUGAUUUAGAUGGUACUUACCAUUCAGUUUCCUGAGAUGUGACUCCCUUUGAGUUGGUGAGAGUCAUAUCUGCAUGGUAUAAUGCUUGUGUAAUCUCAUUUUCUUUUGACUUGAUCUAAAUGCAAAGAUGCUAGAGAGGUCAGCUGGUACAUCAAGGCUACUUGGAGCUUCUGUGUUCAGGAUAGUCAUUGCAAUUUAACUGCAACAACUGAGUUUUUCCUAAUGGAUUGUCCUCUGAGAGGAGUGAUCGUAUAUACUAUAUCUUGAAAAUAAAACUAUUUCAUCUAUGUAUAACUGAUAUUAUGCUCCUCAGGAAGUUCAGUUAGUGGGUUGCUUUCCUUUAAAAUUUAAGAUUUUAAUGUUAGUGUUAAACCUGAGUAAAACUUCAAAGUGUGCGUGUUUUGUAUCUGCUAGAGGUUCCUUUUGGGCUUGUAAAUAACUGGUUGGGCUAACUGGAUGUGUUUUGAGGAGCUUCACAACAGGCAGCAGGAGGUUUUGUUUCAUACAGGUUCUUCAUGGAGGAAGACACCUAUGCCAUGUGCCCUGUGAUGAGACUUUACCUAAAAGUGUUGAUGGACACCUUACGUGGAUUACGUGUGUUAUCAGGGGGAUGAAGGGCAUGUAUGAAGAGGAGCAGUGAUUAGCUGGAAGCUGUAGAGAUACAGUGCUGUGCUAGACUCUUCAUCUCAGAAGUGUAUGGUACUUUAUACACCUGGCCAGAGAACUGAUAUAUCAGUGGCUGGAUAGAAGCUCCCAACGCCUUCCUAGGAGUGUAUGGAAGAAGGCUGCAGGGCUGGCUGUUGCACACCUGCUUCACCUGCUCCUUUGACUCUCUGUAGCUAUAAACACCCUCUAGACUUGGUUCAAAAUCUUGAAUGCCUAGACAUUGUAAUUGAAAUAGAAGUAUCUCUUAGUACAGCUUGAUGUAAGUGGUAGAUUUUCAAUAAAUGAAUGAAACUUUCUUGGGGAUUGAGCUCUUAAGCAUAUUAGGCUAAAGUUAGCAGUGUUUGAACUUUUUUUUUUUGGUGCGGUUAACUUUUGUUCUUUAGGACCAGUUGGUGUGAGUCAAACCAACUAAAAUAACAAACUUUCUUACAACAGCCAAUAAUGAAUAUGCUUGUAGUAUAGUCUUAACCAUUUGGGCUGAUUUAAUUCAGUUUGGGUAGUAACUGCUGUGGCUUUUAAUCUGCCUUGUUUCUCUCCAGCAUAGUUGUUGUAUGUAAACUGGAGACUAGCAUAAAUAUUCGUGCAACUCCUAGCUGGUUGCCUAAAAAUGGGUAUUUCCCUGUCUGCUUGCAGAAUUUGUUCCCCAGCAUUCUCUGUGCUGCUUCCAGCAGGUGGUGGUCUUCGUCUUCUCUGUGCGUGGAGAGUUUCUUGUGCUGCUUUUCAUAUGCUAUUGCUAAACAUAAACCGGUAGAACUGAAGCCAGAAAUUUAAGAAGGUUCUAAAAAGGAUUGCUAUUUACAAAGAUGAGAUUAUCCAGAUCGAGAGAGAUGACUUGCAUUGGGUAUUUAAAUCAUUCCUAUUAUUGGAGAUGAGGCUCUUUGGAGGAGGAGAUUACCAGUAUCAGUCUACUUAGAAGUUUUUGCACCUCCGUCUGAAGCAUUUGGCUGCAGUUGGUCACAGUGCUUGACAACUUGCUGUUAGACCACUGCUAUGUUUUUUAAACUAUGUGGAGUACUUACCUUUUAAGGGCUAGAUCUCAAAAUUUACUUAAGGUAAAAGGAGACUUCACAGUGACUUCAGUAGAUAUCCAGUAUGUGUGUGGGGGGAAGUGUCAGUAUGGCUAUUUGAAUAACCAUAUAUAUAACAGCUUUUGACUGUAGGCUAUUCUUGCAUGCCUAGUAGAAAGAAGAAUGUUAAACCUAUGUUUAUUGAAGUGAAGGGCUGAUGUGACUGGCAAAAAUACUGUUAGAUUAGGAGUAGUUAGCUGACCUAAACAUCCAAAUUAUUUCGGUCUAAUUCUAAUUAUAGCACCACUUGAAGUGUUGAGAAAGGGAAGAUAACUUUGUUGCCUAUUCCUACAAAAAUGCUUGUAUCUCUGAUUUACUGAGAUACAGAUGAGGAAAUUGAUAAUUUCAGUAACUUGUAAUUACCCUGAGUAUCAAAGUUUUUCUCCCUGUUCUGUAAAAAUCACAGCAAGUUGUUGGGUAGUGUUUCAGGUUGUGAAUGCUGUUCUCUGUUCAUCUCUGGCCUGUAGCACCAGGCAUAUUUAGUAGACAGGAGAGGAUACAUAAUCAAAAAGGAUGUUUUUGUGAUGGCUUUGAACUAUUCCAGUCUUUGGGGGGUUUUGUUUGGUUCCCCUGCCCCCAACAAAGAACCACCCCCCCCAACCAAAACACACACCAACCCAGCUAGCUGGACUGAGUAUUGACUCUGCCUGGCAACUCCAGUCAAGGCCAGUCUAGAGGGGGAAUGCAGUGCGUGGUCUGCAACAAAGCACUUUAUUAUGUGAAGUGUUAUGUAAGUGAUUUUAUCCAGUGGGGGAAAAAAAAAACUAAUCAUUUUCCACAGGUUCCUGAUGCUAUGUCUAGCUUCACUAGCUCAAGUACAGUAUCUUUAACAGGUAGACCAUUUAACUUGUGCAUCUUUGUUACAUGUGCUGAGGCUGUGUGCUUGUGUGAGUAGAAAACAUCGAGCUGUGGUAGGCAUAACUUUUUUGAGGAUUGUCUUAAGUUUUAGGUAUUCAAGUUUCUCAUGCAUUGCAAGUAGGGGAUUAACACACUGUAUUUUUAGCAAAAAGGCUGUUUGACACGAAGAUCACUUCACCCUUGCAAAGAAUGUUUUGUGCCUGCAGGUAAGCAAGGAUGUUUUUAUUAUUGAUGAAUUAUGUAUAGAAGUAAUAUUAUGAGAUAACAUGAUACAUAGUAUAUGUUAUUCCUGACCCCAAAAGGAACAAGAUGAAAGUAAGAUCUGUUGGUCUAGAAAAAUAAGUUUGAUAUUAACUCCAUAGAUUCCUUGGCUUCUGCUUUAAUCUUUCUUUACCUCCUACAGAGAUUUUACUAUCUAAAAUGCUAGAAGGUAAGAGUCCUUUGCAAGAUGGGCAUUUAAGAAGUGAUGCUUAAAUGUAAAUAUUCAGGCAAAUUUAAAAUCAAGAUUUUAAAGGUGAAAUACUAUAUAUUUCUGCAGAAAUACUUGAUUUUUAAAGCUCAGACACUGGCAAUUCUGUAAAUUUGUAAAUCUUUGUAGAUCAGGUGAGCAAAAAUUGCAAGUGCAAAUGCAACUAAAACUUAAGCAUAAUCCUACAGUUUUUAGUACAGGUUAGUAAAUCAAUAUAGCAGUAAUGCCUCUGGCCUGUGUAAUACUAAAACAGCAUUAUAUGAUGUUUAUGCACAUAAUGUUUGUAUCCUGAAAUGCUUGAUGGACAUGGAGAGGUAAGAGGAAGAAUAUGUAUGAUUAUUCCUGUUUAAUAAGCUUAGUCCUAAAACAUGCAGAAUAGGGAUUGUACAUGUGGUCUUUGUGUCAAAAUAUCUUAGAAACUAGUUCUAAUUAUUAGAAUAAGCAUAACUAAAAGGGUAUUGGUUGCUUCUGGAAAUAAAUACUGGUGUACUCUUUGUCAAA